CACACUUCUUGUCAUCACGUCUUCUCCCAUCACCUUUCCUGUGUUCCGCUUCCUUCCUCUUCUUUCGUCCCAAUUCCUCUCCUUCUCCUCACCUUUCAUCUCUCAUCUCCCAAAGUCUCUCCAACAACACACGACCGUCGUCUGAUAUACCUCAUUACUUCUCUUCUCCGAGCCCUUUGACAACCACCGCCUUCUCCGCAUCUCUUUUCUUCUCAUCGACGUCACUCAACCAUCUUGCUUUCAUCUGCAGGUUACUCUAGCUUGUUUGUUAUAGCUCACUUAACAGGACAGAACGCAACAGUUUCGGAUUCUCCCUCCUAACCACCUUCGCAAGUCUCUCGCCAUGUGCCCAAUGCUCCUCAGUGGUCUUGCGGAUGGACCCGCCAUGGUCCUAUCCCCUCGCCAGGAACACGCUUUUGUUCAGUUCCCUCGCCAGUCGCAGCUCGACUCGGCCUCUGCCGCGUCUCACAAUCCAUUCUUCAGGAAUGGCGUGCACUCCCAGGCCGCCUCGUCGUUCUCCAACAAUGUCUUCUCCGUACCGAAGCUGGCCAACACUGCAGCCAGUUCUUCCCGAAUUUCGCGCAAGAGAUCGCGAGAUGAAGCCGAGUUUGAGGAAGCCCUCAAUGCUUCGAGCGCGCCUCCAGUAGCCGCGCCAGCGCCAGCGUCCAAAGAGGAGCCUAUCUAUGGGGAGGGCAUGGCACUUAUCAAUCCUCGCACCGGCAUGUCGCUUUCUGCAGAGAGCCAGACAGGCACUUGGUACGAAGAACAGCUUGAAAACGCCGCUGCCACGGCGGCUCCUGUGUCGUCGCGGUCCCAGGCCAGUUCGUCCGAACUCCACAGCCGCAAGUCGCAGCGUCUCGACCCAUCCGCCUCCCGUGUCGACGACAUCACGCUCGCCCACAUUCAACGAAGACUUCACGAGACAACCGACGACGACAACCGCCGCCUCCCCCACGCCGGAGCCCGCACCAGCCCCCUAACCCCGAACGAACCCCAGGUUGACGACGCAACCCACCUCCUCGGAAUCAGCUGGCAACGAAUCUCUACCGACGAUGUCGACAUGGCGGCCGCCGUGCGUGGCUGGAAAAAGUACAUCGACAAGCAAUUCGCAGCGUACCUACUGGACUCGCAGAUCCUCAUGAAGAACCGCGCGCUCAAUGCGUACCUGGUCACAGCGCGGCCAAUCACCCCUGCCGGACCGGCCAUCGCCCCUGCCUUCUAUCUCUUCAGCGAAGACCUCAGCCAGGCUCAGCUUGUGGCCUCCUCUUGGGAACAAUGCGUGCACAAUCUCCGCUCGGUUCCCGUAGUCUUUGAGCAAAAUCAAGUACUCAACGCUGCAGACAGACAAUCCAAUAACAACAAUAGCGGCCCAGGCGUUCUAGGCCUGAACGCCACCACAGAACCGGGCCUUCCGCUCCUGCAAACGAUGUGCGCCCAGCCAGUCAGCAGCGACAUGUGCGCGGGAUUGAACAAUAGCGUAGGAAUGGCGACGGGGAUGGAAAUUGAUACUUAAAUCAAGCAGUUCACCGACGACACAACAGCUAACGACACCUCUACGACGACGACCCAGAGCCGCUUUCGUUCUCGCUUUCGCGUUUCGGUUCCGCAUUUUCCACCGCGGGUUUCAACCACCAUCUAACCAUUUCUGGUAGUUCUUUAACAUCUUCGGCCCGUUGGCGUGGUUAUUUAUCGUAAUUUUUGCGUCUCUUUUUUCGGAGUUGCAUUUGUGGGUUCUUUCCUUUCUUCUUCUUUUUCAUGUGUUAUUUCUUUUUUUAUUUCUAUCUCUUCCAACAUCGAAUAUGAAAUGUUGCAAAUCUGAAAUGAAGCCCGGGGAGGGGAAAUAAAGAGGGCUGUAGUGGACGUCAUGCUUUCGUAUCUUACCAUUUUGCCUGUUUGUGCUUUAUGAUUUGUGUUUAUGCCGAUCAAUCAUUCCCAUCUAGCAAAGAAAAAUAGGGAAAAAACAAAUUAAAUAAAAACCAAUUCUUCCAGA